CUGCGCACGCGCGCCGCCGGCCCGGCUCCGCCCCCCCGGGUAGGGACCUACAGCGGGCGCGGCGGCGGCGAUCUGCGGGCGGUGCCGGCGUUGUAGAUGCCUGUCGGUCCUCUGGGAUCUGGGACAGUGAGGUGCCGCGGCGUCCCGGCCUAUUGUCGGCACCCUUGGCUUCUGAGCAUAAAUGUCUACACCACGGCCUGAGGCUCUGAGACCUGUGGUCCACAGUGGCUAAUAAGAGCUGAAAGAAGAGAGAGAAAGAGCCACAGAGACUUGCCACACUCUUGACUUCUGGGCCUGGGAAGAACCAUGCCCAAGAGGUUAAGGAUCCUGGCUGUGUCCUCAGCUCACAGGACAGAGUUUUAACUGGAUGCUGCCCAGCACCGUUUCCACCUCAGUGUGACCUAUAAAAGCCACAUACCAUCUCAGUGUUGGCCUGGAAACAGAAUUGAAAGCGGUCAUACUGUGGCUCUCAUAUUUCCUGUGAAAGGACACAAAAUGUGAUUGAUUGUUAGUCAUUCACAUAUGAGAAGUGCCUGCUGCUCCACCAGUCACUGGGUGUAUGGAAGGAUGUCUGCGGAGAAUUUCACCGAGUGACAUCUUUCUGGUUUUCAGUUGGCCAUGUGGGUAUGCAGAUAAAGAAGAUGAAGGAUAUUGGAGAACAGCUGUAUACCACGCAAGUGAAUGGUGGACCCAGUCCCUUGACCAUGUCUCCCAAACAGCCUAAUUCUAAUAGAGCAACUCGGCCAGAUAGGCAGGAAGCACAAACCCUCUUGUACCAAGGCUCAGAGGCCGAGGCUGCCACAAUGACCAUUGCUACUUGCAUACAGUGCAAAACUGUUCACAAGAUCCCGCCUCAGGACCUGAGGAAGGGCCUUGGGCAGAGCCAGAAGGAAGAUGCUUUCAUCUGCUUCAAAUGCAGCCUUCGAGCGGGGCCCGCCCAGCUGCAUUUUGCAAACGGUAACCCCAGUGCAGCUCAUGUUAGAAAUGAGACGGACGCCAUCUCGAGUCCCGUAAAUAAAUUUAAGGUUAGGAACUUCAAGCCGGGCAAAUACUACUGUGAUAAAUGUCGCUUCUCCACAAAGGACCCGCUGCAGUACAGAAAGCACACACUGCAGCAUGAGGAGAUCAAGUUCAUCUGUUCCCACUGCAGCUACAUCUCCUACACGAAGGGGGAGUUCCAGAGGCACCUGGUGAAGCACACUGGCAUCUUCCCCUAUCGGUGUGAGUACUGUGAUUACGGUGCCAUUCGCAACGACUACAUCGUCAAGCACAGGAGGAGGGUCCACGAGAGGGCUGGUGCCAAACGGCCACUCAAGACUGUGACCAAACUGGAGCCCAAGAGAACCAACAUCUCCAAGCAGAGCAUGGAACUCUCAAAGGCCCCCAGUCCCAGGGCUGCCUUCCAAAACAGGCUGUCAGACCAGCUGUCUCGGUUCUCUCUCCAUGCACACAGAGACAAGGCGCACAAUGGGAUGUUGUUGCCUGAGCUGAAGAAGCAUCAAAAGGACGUGGUGUGCAUUCCCAACAAAAUGACCUUGUCCGAGCCAAGCGAGGUGAGCCUGGUGGGGAAUAGGAAUGUUGAGGUGGAAGUGCUGUCCCCCUCCAAGGAGCCUGUGCAACCAGGUAUGCCGCUGACCAUUGUGGCACCCUCGGAGCUGGUGGUCCCCACCAACUGUCUAGCGCAGUUGAUGGAUGUGAAGGUCGUCAAUGGCACACAGCAGCUUGUGCUUAAACUGUUUCCGUUGGAAGAAAACUCCCGCCUCGAAGCGGGCAGAGAUGGGGUUCCUUCUGAGUGUGUGACGACUGAGAAGGCCUCAGGGGGACAGAAAAAAAUGCUUUCCACAGAAGCCGUGAGGUCACUGGCGGCAGAAGGGAGUACUGGAGAGUUUGUGGGCCUUGACCGGCUGCACUCUUUGGUUCAGAAACAGCUUAGAAAUGUGAAGUGGGUAAAGUCUUGCAAUCUCUUCAUGCCCGAUUCUGGUGUGCACAGUCAUCAAGACUCUUUCCUCUGUUCUGGUACCAUUAAAGAUUUGCAGAAAACCCACAGUUUGUGUCCACCCAGAGCCCUUCCUUCUGUUGCCUUAAAAGGUCAUUCUCCAGCCUCUGUGCCAAACAGUGUUUCUUGUGGUCCAGGAGCCACAGCAAAUCCUUUCUUGAGUAAAGUGGCUGUUUCUCUUGCUGAAGAUGGCCGGGGUUCCCGCAGUGACUCCCAGCAGCUCCUUCCUCUUGCCUCAUUGCCUGCGAAGGUGUCCUUCUGUGGGGAGAGGGGCUUACUGCCUGUAGGUGAGAAUGACUUUGAAGCGGCCCUGAAUAGGAUUAGUCAUCCGGAAACAAUGGUUUCUUCUGACAGGAAGCUGGAAGACAAGCAGGUAGAAAACAAGGCAGUGGGAAAUGCAGGCCAGGUUUCCUCUGCACAGAAACAAGAGUAUUUACACAUAAACAUGACUGGGGGAGAUAAACUGAGACCCCAACAGCCUGGGGAUCAACCUGUGCAGAAUUCUGAGAAGACAGGGAACGCAUUUGAAGGCCCAGUCAUCUCUUCAGUAUUUUCUCUGAGCUCUGGAUCUGAAAAUGUGCCAGAGGGCAUUAAAUGGAAUAGUUCGACGACAAAAAUAAAGUCCAUUGAACUGCUGCGCAGAAAGAUAGCACAGUUAAUUGAGUCUUGCGGCAAGCCUUCCUCUUUGUCUGCCAAUAGUGCUCAGCGACGUUCCAUAGGCCAGGCACCCAACCUGACUUCAAAAGCAACUCCCAGGGCUGUUCAAGAAAUGAGUGUGUCCUUUACUGGCCCUGGCCCUUCUGUGAGUCCUCUCCAAAAACCUCAGAACGAGGGCAGUGUUACUGGCAUUGGGCAGCUUGCUCAACAGCAAAUCUGUCCCCAGUUUGUCAGUGGUGAGGACAGGAAAAUGGAAAGCAGAGUGACCAGAAAGACUCCUGUUGCUACUCCAGUGCUGAUCCCCAAAGGGGCUGUGUUGAGGGUCCUUAACUCCUCUGAAGAUGCUCACAUCAUAGAGGCUACCUGUGACACACCGGUCAGCAUACCCUGCAGCGAAGCAGAACCACUUCCAUUCUGCUCUAUGAAACGGACAGGCUCAGGCUCCCAGCCUUUGACCUGCAAACGUGGGCCAGCAGACCUCUCCCCAAGUCUCGAGACAUCUCUCCGGCCCAAACUGAAAAAGGAGGACACACUCUACAGUACCACCCCUAAGAAAAUUGUCCCCGUGUACAGCACACAGCCAGGAAGCAGCGACUGCAGCAGGCAAGGAAGGCCAAUUUCUAGAAACCUAACUAUAAGCAAGAAUAAGACUAAGCAAGUGAGCUCAGCCAAGAAGAAAAACAAGAUGCAGGCUGAUCCCAGCCGCUGUUUCAAAGACCCUUCCUUUUUUCAGGUUACAAGACAGUUGCGACUAAUCGCUGCCAAACCGGAUCAGUUGAUCAAAUGUCCCCGUCGGAACCAGCCAGUCAUUGUGUUAAACCAUCCCGAUGUCGACUCUCCUGAAGUGACCAAUGUGAUGAAGGUGAUCAACAAAUACAAAGGCAACGUCCUCAAGGUUGUCCUGUCUGAGAGGACUAGGUGUCAGCUGGGUAUUCGCCGGCACCAUAUGCGGCUCACCUACCAGAAUGCAGAGGAAGCCAACCACAUGAAGAGGCAGAUGAUGUUGAAAAUGAAACUGAAAAAGGUUCAUAAAAACAACUACCAGGUGGUGGGCUCAUUGCCGGAUGACCCUGCCCAGUGUGUAUUUAAGUGUUGGUUCUGCGGGCGCCUCUAUGAAGACCAGGAAGAAUGGAUGAGUCACGGCCAGCGGCAUUUGAUAGAGGCCACCAGAGACUGGGAUGUCCUUUCUUCAAAGGGCAAAUGAGUAAAAUUGGGUCUUUGAAGUUUGGGUUUUCUCCUAGUUUUCCUGGCUUAGGGUCACACCCUAGACCCUCAGUGCCGUAGAUGAAAGGGGGUUCUUAUUCCCCAGAGUCACCAUAGGGUUGAGAGCCCCUUCUUUACCUGAGCUCUGUGGCUGGACCAGGAGAGGUGGGAGGCCCCUGAAAUUCUAGUGCUUUCUGUUGGAAGGAUGUAAUCCGAGGUCUUUCUUGCUUAGCGCUUAUUUUUCAGGAGUAGACACAUCUUUCAUAAUCCAUUUAGAGGGGUAGGUUUGUGGGUGGCAGGUUUCUCAGGCAGAUUCUGUUGAAGAGCUAAGCCUGUCCUAGUGCACACACCCACUUGUGCUUUGACUCUCCCAGAGUAUUUGGUACAUAAUAGAAGUUACAUUUUUCUACUUGAUGGGUUGUCUUCCUGUUGGUUAGAUUGCUCGGCCCCUCCCCCUCCAAGUACUAGCAGUGUUCUGCAGGGCCACACUGGCUGUGUAUCAGCAACAGGUGUUAGGAAAAGACGAGACAAAUUUUCCAUAUUUAGCUUUUUGCUUGCUUUUAAAAUAACUUGAUUGGUAAUAGUUGGAUAGGGAAUAUGUAAUUGGUUUUUGUUUUAGGUAAAGAAGGGAAAAUAUGUAAAAUCAAGUCAGUUCUCUGCA